AUGUAAAAUCUGAGUUCUCAGUGAGUGAGCUGGACCCCACCACGCCUGCCUGAAGCUGCUCGAGGCAGCUUUUGCCAUCUGUUCAGAAAGAUUUUGCCAUUCUGCUGUCUGAAAGCUGCAUUUGUCUGCUCAGGACCUUGGUCAAAGCAUCUCGCAGGAAAUGACAACGGGGUGAGAUUUUCUUUUCAGGAAGGAGCCCCAUCCAAUUUGAAAGGACCCAGUGGAAGCCAAGAACAAAAUUUCCAUUGGAUAAAAACUGUUUGACUUUCUGACACUUGCCUUGGUUUGGGGUUUUUUUUUCCCCUUAAAUGAAGAAGUUCAGCAGUCACUGCCCGUGCCCAGCUGAGAUGCUGCUGUUACUCCAGAGCUGCAGCAGUCAGCACAUCACAGCUGAUGGCAGCUGUGACCUCUGAGUGCAGCCAGCACUGCCAAGGUUUUCCCUUGCAGGGGAAAGGACACAGAGCCAGACCCUGCCUGCAGCAGCCCCUCCCUGCCUGGCUCUGCCCGUGGCACUGUCCCUGCGGUGUCCCACGGCCAGGCAGGGCUCCUCAGCUCACACUAAUACAGGUUUCCCCGGUAAAAUUGCAUCCUGAGACGGGAAAGAGCCUCCCACGCCCUCAGCCUGGCUGUGGGGCUGUUUGCCACACACAAUGAGCUGUGCUGGGAGGGGAUGCUGAGCCUGACGUGGGAGCGCUCGGUGCUGCCCUGAUUCUGCAUCCUGCACACAGAGCACUCCCAGGCUGCCUGGGCACAUGCAGCCCAGCAAAGCUCACUCUAGAAAAAACAACAUAUGCAGGAACUUUAUUUUUCAUUUCACUCUUCCAGCUUUCUUUGUUUUUUUUUUAAGAGCUAAUGAGAGUUUUGUGUAACACGUUACCUGGCUUAAAUCUGAAAUAGUGAAGCUGUGCUGGAAAUGGAAAGAAGAUUUCCGUGCUAGCCUGCACACCCAGAGCUUGGAUGCUGCUGCUCCCAGAGCUGCUGCUGCUGCUCCUCUGUGAGGCAGAGCUCUGGUCACUGCCUGCUGGGACCUUGCUGAAGCACAGCCUCACUGCCUGCAGCCAGCCCCUCUGGGCCGUGCUGCAGCUCUGCUCUCCUGACCAGCCCCAGGGAGGGACCCCGAGCUCCGAUGGAUCCCCGCAGGCUCCCCCUGCUCCCCACGGCGCUGCUGUGGGGCUGCCUGCUGGCCUGCUCCUGCUCCCCCAGCACAGUUGCUCCCCCACGAGACCUCAGCAUCACAGACCCAGGGCUCCUGGGGGCUCUGGAUGUGCAGUGGAAGCCCCCACCCCACGUGCAAACCUUCAACGAGUGCACAGUGAAAUACAAGUUUGAGUAUCGCAGCUCUGGGGACAGGGACUGGAAGGUUAUGUUUACUAGGAAGCUAAAGCUCAGAGUUGGGUUUGACCUCAGCAGGAGCGCCGAGGUGCGGCUGCAGACGCUGCUGCGGGGACGCUGCACGGGCGGCGCGGAGCUGCACAGCGACUGGGCUCAGGCCACCUUCCACACCCCUCCACAAGGAAAACUUGAAUCAGGGGUCCAGAAUUUCCACUGCAUCUAUCACGACUGGGAAUACCUGAAGUGCACGUGGCAGCCAGGUCUCCUCACACCUCGUGGUGCACAUUAUGGGCUGUACUAUUGGUACGAGGGGCUGGAGCAGGCAGUGCAGUGUGAUCACUACGUCCAGGAGCACGGCGUGAACGUGGGCUGUGUGCUGCAGAACCUCAGCCAGGCUGAGUACCAGGACCUGAACGUGUGUGUCAAUGGCUCGGCAGCAGGCACGCUGCUGCGGCCCCUCUACACCACCCUGCGCCUCCACAACCUGGCGCAGCCCCCGGCCCCGGAGCAGCUGGUGCUGUCGCUGUCGGCGGCGCAGGAGCUGCGGGCGGCCUGGAGCGCCCCGGGCGGGCGGGUCCCGCCGCACUGCCUGGAGUACGAGGUGCAGGCGGCCGAAGACACGAGAGCCUGGGCGUUUGUGUCCACCCAAAUGGAAACUGCUGUAACGAUUUCCAGAGCAAAUCAAAGCCACGUUUCAUGUGUUCGUGUCAGGGGGAGAACAAACAUUUUCUGUGCUGACCAGGGCUUUUGGAGCGAAUGGACCCAGGAUUGUUUCUCUGUGUCCAGAAAAGAGGACAAGCAGCUAUUUAUCCUCAUUCCAGUCAUCCUGAGUUUGUCAAUUAGCCUCAUAAUAUUUAUGUUGAUUGGGCGGUGCAAGAAAAGAUCCCCAGCAGGAAAGGCACUGCAUGCUCCCGUGGGACCCUAGCUGUGCCUGCUGUGCUGCCCGUGUCUGGUGGGCUGCUCGUGGAACCCCACCCAGGGACACCCCAGAGGAGCCCGGAGCUUUCUGCAGCCCAGAUGGGUCUUCCCUGCCUGCUGCCCCUUGGGAAGGCAGCUGCUGCCACACCUGAACGGGCCCAGGAAACCUGGAGGGGCUUAAACUGACUGCAGGAAAACUGGAGGAGAUCUGAGCUGACUCUGAAGCAAGGUGUUUUCUAACAGGACAAGGAAGAAAAAAGAGGCAGUGGGAGCUGCCAUGAAUAAUAAAGAUAACGCCUUGUUCUGUGGGCUUGCUUGGGGUUUUUUUUCUUUUGUAAGGACUCCAGAAAUCCAUCAGCAGGACACACACGGAGAGGCAGCACCUCACACAGUGGUGCACCACCCCUGCCUCCAGCCCCUGUGCCCCACCUUGCUCUCACCACCCUGUGCCCAAAUACUGCUGAGAGCACCUAAAUGCUGAACAGGAGCUACCUGAGCUGUUUAUUUCAUCAGCUGAUAUGCCUUACCUGUUGAAAAGCCCUGGUGGAGAGGCCUUGAGAGAAACUUUUGCUCUGAAGAGGCAUGAACGCUGCUGCCAGGGACAGAUGAUUCAGAGGAGAAGUGGGGGUCACUCCAGCAAAUGUGACAUGGGAAUUUCUCUAGGAAGGGGACAUUGGCACCAGGAUUCAAUGAAGCACAUCUGAUGUUUCUCACCACCUUGUAGUCAAGUGUUGAAAUUGAUGAUUGAUUUUUUAGGAAUCAUUCCCUGUGACGAUGAUAGGAAAAAAAAUUAGAAAGCAUCACUGGAUGAGAUACCCUUUUCCAAGCCCAUUCUGGGUUUUUUUUGCUUGAAGAACUAACCAAGGCAAACACAGGGGCUUAGUGUGGUUUCAUUUCAUUGUAACAACCAUGAAAAUGUGUUUUCUUGAAGGAGCAUUUAUUCAAAGUGGGAAUUUCUAAUGAACAGUGGAAGCUCAGAGAGAAAAUCAAGUUGGUGUCAAUCAGCUAUGUAAAGAGCCUUACUAAUCCAAUCAGAAAUAAAACAAUGCAGCAAGCCCUGUCUUACACAUCCAACUGCAAAAUCAUUCAGUCACUAUCAGCUGCUUCCACUGCUAAAUGCCCAAAGUAAUUCAGGGAGCAACCUGAGGAGGGAAGAACCAGGAAAAAACUGGUCAAUGCACGGACUGAGGCAGAAAUGAAGUUUUGUGGUGGUUGUAAUUCUGCUGAGACACAACCUCUGCCUCUGCUGUCUCCUGGGCAGCCACCACGGGAUGGCUUUGCUCUGAAAAAUACCCGUGAGCAUGCACUGGGCAUGGAUUUUCAGAGCUGCCAUCAGGCCUCUGAUGGACUCCUAAACAGUGAAAAUAUCUGCUAAAAACACGUGAGUGCAUUGUGAAUGUCCCCAGGGGAAAAUGUAGGGGAAGGAGUCAAGCCCAGCCUGUUGUCCUGGGUGCCUCCGGUAUGAUCUCACCUAUUUUACAGGUGGGAAUGCUGGGCACAGGCAUUUGGACUGGGACAAAUCCCCUGCAGCAGCCCCAGCCUGCUGGAUGGGUUUAAACUGGGCCAAAGCCUCAAGUCUAAUUUCCCUCCCCUCUAAAAAUGGUGAGAAGGGAAGGAUGAAAGUGCAUGGGUGCAAGUAAGAGAGAGCAAAGGAAAGGCUGUUUUACAGCUAGAACCCACCCCAAAAAGAUCAGAGCUAUUUCAGUAACCACAAAAUAUAAAAGUUAGGCUGAAGCCUGCCUAGAAACCUGCCUAGUAACAGAGUGAUAAAUUAAGUACAUCCUACUUAUGGUAUCUGUAUGCUGCAGCUUUACAGGAGCGUUUAGGUGAGGAGAGCUGGGCUUGGCCCCAGUGCAGGGCUCCCUGCUCCCCAAACUCAUCCUGCUUUCUCACAGUAUCACACGUGCAGCAUUUGCAAAAUUCAGCCCUAACAGGUGGCCACUCUCCUUCCUGCCAUCCCAAACCUCGCUAGAAUUUCAGUACAGCAUUUUUAUCCUGUGUUUAUAGAAUUACACCAAUGUAUUUCUUUCAUACAGUAGUCUCACUAGAGUGUUUCAGUUCAUUUGCUGUGGUCCAUAAUUAAUAUUUUUAGUAAAGCAUUUUUAAAAUCCC